CACAUCACGCUGUUUUUGCACACAGAAGAAGACAACCCGGAAAUAAAUAUUUUGGCGCUUUGAACAAAUGUUGCAAAUUUCUCAACUCAGGAAGAUUUUGAACGGCUUUGUUUUAAGCGUUAAGUUGCUAGUUGUUCUUGUUUUCUUAGCUCUCCUAAAGCUGUGUGUUUACAAGACAAAGCUUGUGUCGAAGUUGACAUACAAAGUGGGAUUUUAGAGCCAUACCUUGAGGUCGGAUGGCUGCGGUGAACACGCCAGUGUCUCCGAGAGAAGCCGAGGAGCCAAGCUCACAGCUGCCUUUUUUGAGAGCUACUGCAGGAGGACGAAUAAUCCACUGAUGUCUCCGAUGCCUCAAGGGGGUAUGUCUCCGUUCACCUUGACAUCAGCUGCCAGCCUGGUGUCCAAAUGCGUGUCCAGCGGCGCCGUGACUCAGGAAGAGCUAGACUCCGCCUACUCACAGCCCAACUCCGCCUUCUCCUCCCAACUGCAUGACGCCGAGCAGCGGAUCAGAAUGCAGAAGGAGCUGGAUCAGCUGCAGCUGGAGGCGGAGCUACUGAGGGCGGAGAAGUUGAGCGCUGAUGUCACACAUCCAGCCUGCCUUGCCACAAGGUUCCAGACGUUGCAGACGUUCUGCACUCAUCUCCAGGACUUCCUGAAGGACCAAAACAGUCUGAGGCAUCGUUUCAUGAGGCCGCCGGGCCGCACCAGCCUGCCGGUCCGAGCCCACCUGCACAGGUCUGUGGUGAACGUGGUCCACGCACUGCUGGAUCUCGUGGAGAGGCUGGAUGAGAAGACGAGCGCCGUCGCCAGACGUCCGGCGGUGGCGGGCGACCUGGCUCGACUGAACUCAUCUCUCGCCCAGCUGUUAGCCCUGGUGGCGGAAGCUGAGACGUUAUCCAAUCAGCUUCUUCACUGGAAGGACGUCCACAGCAGCCUGAUGAGUGACAGCUUGACCCCGCCCCCUCAAUCACGGGUCACAUGCAAACCUGACCUUUCACCUGGUUUUAUAUAAAAGACCGGACGCAGCCGCCAUGCUAGUAACGUGUCUACAUUUGGAAUAUUAUUAAUAAAUCAAUCAAUCAAUGUUUACUUA